GCAUCGCUAUUACACAUACUUCCUCGAGACAGCUUCUUUGUUGGUCAACUUGAGGCUCUCUUAAGGAAGUCCAGUGAGCUCUCAGGACUGCUGACCCAAUCAAAGGAACAUCAAUGCCCCUCAGAAGAGUUGGGUGCUGAAGAGGCAGGUUAAGGACUGAACAUAGGAGGUUCCCUCUGAGACAUCUAUUCAAAACAAAACUUACUAGGGGCAAAACCAUCGGAAGUGGAGGGGAGUGUCUUCAAGGCCAAGGAUUCAGAGUUUGCUGCCAGCUGGCCCUCCUUCAGUGGAUGAAGCCUUCGAUUCUGAUGGACUUUCAGCGCAGAAUCUUAUGGAGGAAAUGUUAUCUUGGCUGCUGGUUGAAUGUUCAGUGGGAACCCUUACAUCAUCUGUUUUUAAGAAGGCUCACCACUAACAGGCCAGUGAUGUGGAUGAAGAAUGCAAUGGACAGAAGUCUUGUUCACCAUAUGAGAAAAGGCUGGCAGAUCCACUAUAUUCAGCAGCACUACUUGGCAGCUAGUGGCUACUGCCAAUACUACCUGAGGCUUCUGACCAGAGACGGAACCAAGACGGAGCGAUAACUUUGGAGGUUGGGGCAGACCCCCUGAAGGUUCUGGAGGAGCCCGGGCAUGCCCCAAAUCUUGGAAGGAGCGUGAUACUAAGACAAUACUACUUUCCAGACCAAGAUGUUGUGUGGGUCUAGGAGAAAAUGUAAAAAAGCAGCAAAAUUAGAAGAGAACAGACCGAUGGAGAACGGGGUUACUGAUGAAAAUCCAAAGAGUCCCAUGGUACAAGGACAAAAGCAGGGUACAGCUGUCUCUGGGCUUCCUCCAGCUCCUGCACCUCCUCCUCCCCCUCCUGCUCCACGCGUUAGGCCCAGGCUGAUAUUUCACACGCAGCUGGCUCAUGGCAGUCCGACUGGCAGGAUCGAAGGCUUUACCAAUGUUAAGGAACUGUACACCAAAAUCGCAGAGGUCUUUGAGAUCUCACCAGCCGAGAUUCUCUUCUGCACAUUGAAUACUCACAAAGUCGAUAUGCAGAAAUUAUUGGGAGGCCAGAUUGGAUUGGAGGAUUUUAUCUUUGCCCAUGUAAAAGGACAAAUGAAGGAAGUGGAGGUGACAAAAUCAGAAGAUGCUCUUGGUCUGACCAUCACUGACAAUGGAACAGGCUAUGCUUUCAUUAAGAGGAUAAAAGAAGACAGUACAAUUGACAGAAUUAAGACAGUCUGUGUUGGAGAUCACAUAGAGGGAAUAAACAAUCAAACGAUAGUAGGUUGUCGACACUACGAAGUUGCCAAGAUGUUGAAAGACUUGCCCAAAGGUCAACCAUUUACACUUGGAUUAGUGGAACCAAGGAAGGCUUUCGACAUGAUUGCUCGAAGAACAAAAUGUGGCAAAUCUACAGGUGAGGGAAAAGUUGGAAGUGGAAGGGAAACUUUGCGACUAAGAUCAAAAGGCACUGCAACAGUGGAAGAAGUUCCAACAGAGUUUGAAGAACGAGCAACUAAGAAGGUGGAUGAUUUGUUGGAAAACUAUAUGGGUAUCAGAGAUACAGAAUUAGCUGCAACAAUGGUGGAAACUGGAAAAGACAAGAAGAAUCCAGAUGAGUUUGCAGAAGCACUGGACUCAAUCCUUGGUGAUUUUGCGUUUCCAGAUGAAUUUGUUUUUGAUGUGUGGGGAGCAAUUGGAGAUGCCAAGAAUGGCCGAAUAUAGCAUAAUUACUUCUUUAUGUGUGAAAUACAUCCAACUGUGCUAUAGUUUAAAAUCUUGACUUCUCAUUAUUUUUCAGAAGUGAGUUUAAUAAAACUAGCUUAAUACAAUUGAAUAUCUACACUAUUAAUACUAUACUUACAUAAUUGAAAGUAAGUGUGCUG